AUGGAUAAUGUAGAUAAAAGUUGGAUGCAUCUCCUUAGAUGGACGGAUGAGUAUAUCCGUGGAGUGAAUGAUUUCCUUGAUAAGGCAUUUGAACGAGCUUCCCAUGGAAAUGAAAUAUUAUGCCCUUGCACAAAAUGCAUUAAUCGCUAUUGGAAUUAUAGAAAUAUGGUGGAGGAUCACUUGGUCAUUAAUGGCUUUUUUGAUGGUUACACCGAAUGGGUUUUCCAUGGUGAAGGGUUUUCCUCUAGAAUUAUACCACGUCAAAGCAAUAAUGAUGAAGGUUCUAACAUGCGUGAUGAUAUUGAUGGAUUACUUCAUGAGACAUUCAGAAAUGUAGAAGGCGAGCCGGUACAACAAGAAGGGAUGAGAGAGGCUCUAUCUGAAGAUGCUAAGAGAUUUUUUAAAUUAUUAGAGGAAGGGAAACAAGAAUUAUAUCCAGGGUGUGAAAACUUCAAUAAACUGAGUUUCACCAUCCGGUUGUACUUGUUUAAGUCUUUGCAUGGGUUGAGUAAUGUAGCCUUUUCAGACUUGUUAGAGUUGCUAAAAGAGGCAUUUCCCUUUGCUAAGCUGCCAGAAUGGAAAAGUUCUAAUCGUGCCUUGACAAAUGCAAGUUCUAAAGUUCCUGCAAAGGUUUUAAGGUACUUUCCCUUGAAGCCUAGGCUUCAAAGGAUAUUCAUGUGUCCUGAAACAGCUAUUGCAAUGAGAUGGCAUGCUAAUGAACGACCUAAUGAUGAGAAUUUGAGGCAUCCUGCUGAUGGAGAAGCUUGGAAGGAUUUUGAUUCACUACAUGCCGACUUCUCCAAAGAUCCACGUAAUGUUAGGUUGGGUCUUUCAAGUGAUGGUUUCAACCCAUUUCGAACCAUGAGCAUUUCUCAUAGCACGUGGCCUGUCAUGUUAAUGAAAUACAAUUUAUCACCAUGGAUUUGCAUGAAGCCAGAAUAUAUCAUGUUGUCAAUGAUCAUUCCAGGUCCUUCAUCUCCAGGAAAUGAUAUAGAUGUGUACUUACAACCACUUAUUGCAGAAUUGAAGGAACUAUGGGAAACUGGGAUAGAAACAUAUGAUGCUGAGACAAAGCAAACAUUUCAAAUGCGUGCAGCUUUGUUGUGGACAGUUAGUGAUUUUCUAGCAUUAGCUAUGCUUUCAGGAUGGAGCACCAAGGGGAGGUUGUCAUGCCCCACUUGUAAUUAUGACACAUGCUCUCUAUAUCUCAAACACAGUCAUAAGAUGUGUUAUAUGGGCCAUCGAAGAUUUUUGCCUCAUGAUCAUCCUUUGCGAAAAGAUAAGAAGUCAUUUGAUGGUAAGAAGGAACAUAGACCUGCACCUACUCCUUUGUCGGGUGUAGAAGUGGUUCAAGAGCUGCUUGAAUUCAAUAAUGUUUUUGGAAGGGCAAAAAGAAAAGACCUCGGGAUAACAAGGGUUGUUGUUACAAAGACGUUUCCCAAGAGUGUUUCAUUGGCCUUGAUUAGGUUGGGUAAUUUUUUUAGAGCUAUCUGUAGUAACGUCAUAAGGCCAAGAGAUCUUGAAAAAAUGAACUCUGAAAUUGUUGAAAUAAAUUGUGAGCUUGAAAAGAUUUUUCAUCCAACAUUUUUCGAUAUAAUGCCACAUUUGCCUAUUCAUUUGGUGAAUGAAAUUAAGCUUGGGGGUCCAGCUCAUCUUCGUUGGAUGUAUCCCAUUGAGAGGAACUUAUGUAAAUACAAGGCAUUUGUUCGUAAUCGAUCUUCUCCAGAAGCAUCGAUAGCAGAGGGAUUUUUGGAAGAAGAGUGUUUGAUUUUUUGUUCAAGAUACCUACAUGACAGUGUGAAGACAAGAUUCAGUAGAUACCCAAUUGUAGAUGAUGAGUGCCCUCAAAAUUUGUCAUCCAUAUUCCCUGUUAUAGGCCAUCCAAUUGGAAGUAAGAAGAAAAAUACUUUUCACAUGGAUCCACAGUUAUGUAAUGAAGCACACGAUAUGCUCUGUUCAAUACUGAAGAUGAACAAGGAACAUAAGAAUUUAAUUGGUAAUCGCAGUAGAUUAAAUGCAUGGGAAAGAGCAAGAAAUCAUAGUCGGGAAUUCAACAAUUGGUUUGCUGAGAAAGUUAAAAAUAUUGAAGUGCCCGAUUAUGUAAGAUGGCUAGCUAAAGGGCCUAAUGCGGUCGCCAAAAGAUAUACUGCAUAUUUCAUUAAUGGAUACCGAUUUCAAACUGUAGAACGAGAUUCUCGAUGCAAGACUCAACAUAGUGGAGUGACUUUAUCAGCAACAACCGAUAGCUUUGCUAGCUCUAGGGACCAAAAUCCCAUCGAUGGUGAGGUUUUCUAUUAUGGAGCUAUUCGGGAUAUCAUUGAGAUUGAUUAUUGGGGUUGUUUUAGUGUUGUACUAUUUAGAUGCAACUGGGUUCGUAAUGAAAUAGAUGAAUAUGGGUUAACCCGUGUGUACUUUAAGAAAUUAUGUAGUACAGAUGACCCUUUUGUGUUAGCAUCACAAGUUUAUCAAGUUUUUUAUGUGGAGGAUCCUGUUGAGAAAGAUGUUUAUUAUGCAAGGAAUAAAGUCCCUGUUGAUUUAUAUGAUUUAGAGGAAGAGAAUUGCCCCAAUAUUGAAGACGCAUUUUGGAGGGAGCCUAAUGAUGACAUUGGUUCCUUAAGCGGAUUAGUUGAUGUUGACGUUGGAUGCUCAAGAAACGAUGUACCCGUUGAUGUCAUUGAUAUUCCAUCUAAUGCACAACAUUCAAAUGAUACAAUUAUAGAAACAUCGGAAGAGGAGAAUGAGUUUGAUGAUACUGAGUGGGACUGGAUGGAAUCAGAUGAUUAA